CUACCAACCCCAACAUCAUGAACAGUCGGCAGUUGUUUUUGCAAAUUUUUCUUGUGCUUGGAUUGGUCUUAGUGUUGUACAGUGAUUGUGCAUCAGCGGGAAAAAAUUCAAAAAAGAAGAAAAUCGUCAUUCACGUGCCUAUCCAUAAGAAAAUUGAAAAGCAUACCCACACCAUUGUAAAGCACAUCCAUCAUCAUCACAAGCCGAUUGUCGUGAAAGAGGAGAAGAAGAUCAUCGAAGAGCAUCAUCCGAUUAUCAAGAAAGAGCAUGUAUCCCACGAGCAUCACCAUAAACACGAUCAUGGCCAUCAGCAUAAACAUGUCGAACCGGCCAAAGAAUAUGACGAUGAGGAGGAGCACAUUCAUCAUCAUCACAGCUAUGAGCACAAAUCUACAGGGCAUGAUGAAGAAGUCGAUGAUGAUUUCUUGGAAAGGCACUAA